CCAGCGCAGCUUGGUACAAGCGGCCGCAAAAUCGCACAGUGUGGUGGUCAGUUGUGAAUUUGGAUAAAAAACGAACCACGUCGCGAUGCUUUCGGUGUCCCGCGUGGCAGUGGGCAGCCUACGAAAUGCUUGCCCGUUCGCGAACGUUCGCCGGAAUCUUCUCGCUGGAGCUUGCACUCCGCCGGUGGUUGAACGACGAUGGAUUUCACGUAAGGAAUCGGCACAAAAAGUAGCACCAACAGGCGGCGGUGGUCCAUCAUGUCCACCACCGCCUGCACCGCCGACACAAUCUUAUACGGGCUACUUGCUGGGAGCGAUCGCCCUGGCUGCUGGCGGCCUCGGUCUUGCCUACUACAACGGCCUCUUCGAUCCCGCAACCGUGAAUGAUACUCGGGAAGGUCCUCCAACUCGAAAAAAGCAACCAUAUCCUGCCUCUUCCAAGGACUUACCUCCCCACGUCCCAUAUUUGCUGAUCGGUGGAGGAACAGCCAGCAUUGCCGCGUUCCGGGCGAUUCGCGUAUACGACCCCAAGGCAAAAGUGUUGAUGGUGACGAACGAGCUCGAAAUGCCGUACAUGCGCCCACCACUUUCGAAGGAACUGUGGUUCAAUCCGGUUGACGAGCCGCUCAAGUUUCGACAAUGGAACGGCGGCGAACGAAGCAUCUACUACGAACCCACUGAUUACUAUAUCGAUCCGAAUAAGCUCGGAGAUGCGCCCAAUGGUGGCAUAGCGGUAGCGCGGGGCUACGAGGUGCAACGUCUGGACGUGGUCAACCGAAAAGCAAUUCUGACUGACGGUACCACGAUCGGAUACGACAAGUGUCUCAUUGCGACCGGUGCCCGGCCGAAAAAUUUGCCCAUCUUUGAAUCCGCUCCACUGGCGGUUCGCGAGCGUGUGACGCUGUUCAAGAGUGUGCACGAUUUCGAACAGCUAACGGAGAGGCUGGCCGAAGGAAGCCAAGUGGCCAUCAUUGGUGGGGGAUUUUUGGGCAGCGAGCUUGCUUGCGCGCUAUCAAAAGCGGAACAGACGCGCAAAAAGAAUGUUGAAGUGUACCAAUUGUUCCACGAGGUAGGCAAUAUGGCCAAGAUUCUGCCCGAGUAUUUGAGUAACUGGACGACGGAACGAUUGCGGGAAGAGGGCGUAAAGGUUUGGCCCAAAACUCAAGUCAAGGCGGUCGAGAUGCAGGGUCGAAAGGUCAAGCUGACGCUCGUCGACGACAGUGUGCUGCUUGUAGAUCAAGUGAUCGUAGCGGUCGGCUCGGAACCGAACACGGACCUAGCGAAGACUUCCGACCUUGAGGUAGACUCAAAACAUGGUGGCUUCCUAGUUGAUGCAGAACUUCGGGCACGUUCAAACGUGUAUGUGGCAGGUGAUGCAGCAUGUUUCUACGACACAAAGUUUGGCCGCCGGCGCGUGGAACACCAUGAUCAUGCGGUCGUUUCGGGACGGUUGGCGGGCGAAAAUAUGGUUGGACAAAACAAUCCUUACACACACCAGAGCAUGUUUUGGUCUGACCUGGGUCGUCGUAUUAGCUACGAAGCAAUCGGAUUGAUCGACUCGUCCCUUCCGACAGUGGCCGUUUUCGCAAAACAGUCUGCGGCUGAACGGGCCCGUUCCGUUGCCGAGGCAAGUGGUGAUUCGGACAAACUCCAAGCAGCAAACGCAGUCGGUGGGGCGGAAGUUACCAAAAAGGAGGCUGACGAUAGUUCGAAGCCUGCCGAGUCGGAAUCAGAAAACUUUGAUAAAGGAGUCAUAUUUUAUCUGCGCGAUAAAAAGGUCGUCGGCUUGGUGCUAUGGAAUGUGUUUAACAGAAUGGGAACGGCUAGGAAAAUUCUCGAUCAACACACGGAGUACGACGAUUUGAACGAAGUGGCGAAGCUGUUUAACCUUCACGAACGACCGGUAGACAGCGAAGAGAUCGAGGAGACAAAUUAGCGAUGAGACAAAAGUUAGCAUUUGCGAGAGCGUGGUGAAGGAAAAAAACACAAAUUUCCCGUGGCAUCGUAGUGGAGCUGUUCUAAAACCCGGAAAAAUAAAUAAGCCUGUAAAAG